ACAAAGAUAUAGUGCUCUAUAGUUUGCAGAAAUAAUAUUUUUUAUUAUGGUUUUUGUUGUGACAUUUCUCUCUGUGUUUGUUUAACGGAAAAGAUCAUCCAUAUCACCAAUACCUCCGAGGUUUAUCUUUUUACUUUGAUAUUAUCUGACAGCCUAUUCAGUUGCAAAGGAGUCACAUCUGAGAAAAUAGUGUGUGAAAAUAAAAUAAUUCAAUAAAUUAAAUGUGAAUAAAUUUUGACCAGCACAAACUAGCGCACAAAAAUGGGAAUAUUUUGCCAAAUAAACUUGUUCAAACCACCUGACGGUGCUUUUUAUAGUGGGGAAGCCGUUAGUGGUAUGAUAAAGUAUGGGCUCGAUGAACCAAUGGAAAUCGACAGGAUCACCGUAUCUUUAAAAGGAGCUGGCGAUUUGAAGAUGACGGAGAGGACAAAUAAAAGAAACAGGCGACAUACAUUCGGCGCUAGUGAAGUGUAUGUCGACACUGACGAAGUGAUGCAAGAAGGCAAAAUCAAAGUUCCAGCGGGAUCUUACGAACUGCUCUUCAAUUUUAGACUACCCCAAAACGUGCCCCCAUCGAUUGAAUACAACAAACACAUACCACGAUAUGCAGUCAGCUGCAAGAUAAAGUAUUACGUCCGAAUAAAAUUUGAUAGACCUGGCUGGUUCACUUUUGCCAAACAUUUCCGUAAGGAGAUCACUGUUGCGUCCACCAUAAAGCCCAGACUGUCUAUGGAACCAGUCAUGUAUGGACAGAGAAGCACAUUAAUCCAACUUUUCAAAAGCAAACCGAGCACUGUAAUCAUGAAAGCAAAUGUUCUCAAUUCUGUCAUACCAAAUGGAGGGAAAGUCACAAUCGAGUCUGAGAUCCAAAAUGACACAAAUAUAAGUAUCAAAACUGUUGAGAUUAAAAUGAUGGAAAUGUACACUUUUAAAGCAACUGGACAUACUGACGUAAAAGUGUAUGAAGAUGUUCCUAGCUGUGAAUGUAAAACUGCACCAAUAAGAGCUGGAGCUACUCAAAAUCUGCCGGUAGAUAUCGUUGUACCUUUAGAUAGAGUGUCUUUAGAUAACUCUAAGAUUGUGUCAAGAGAUUACAUUGUCAGAAUUACAUCUGUACUGCCGUUGCCUCAUAGAAAUGUGGUGUUGGAUAUACCAGUGCAAAUAGGGGAUAACGUCCAGCGGCAGGAGGUCGUUGAUCUUCCUCCGUCCUAUUGGGAGGCCAUGGGUGAGGUUGACAAGGAUGAUGACGAAAGUGAUGGGGAAGCUGCCGGUGAUGGAAAGAAGGGUGGUAAAAAGGAAGCAAAACCUUAAGCUUAAAGACACUAAAUCUUUGAGAGGAAUGAAACAGGUUUUCCCAUUGAAUCGAAUUGAAUGGGAUAGGGUGUUCCUAAAAUAUUGAUAUUGUUUAUCUUUUUGAAUCUUAAUGUUUAGAAUUUUGAGUGUUAUACCUAGAUAUUUAUUAAAUGUUUUAUUAUAUAAAAAAAUAUUGUAAUGUAAUCUAAUAUGAAUGGUGGCCAAAGUAUUAUAACUAUUUUUAGAGUUUACUUCGAAAUUUCUGGUGUCUACACUUUUAUGAUAUCAUGUAUGUCUAGUAUGCGACUAUUGCGUAUGUACUUAUAAAGUGUUCUAUUAUUGUAAAUCAAGUAUUAAAUAUUUCCACCGAUCAAAAUUAUAUCUUACCGUUAAUGUCUUAAGACUCAAAGCUAUGUGUAUUUUAGAGAAAGUGUAAAUUAUGUGUGAUUUACAUUAUAUCACUUAAAUGUU